AUGCCUGAUUCCGCCGGUCUCGAAAAGCCCUCUCCAGAGCUGGGCGGAUGGCUCGGCCCCGACCCUGAACCUGCGCCUGAGGCUGGCUGGCGACGCGGACCUGCCCUCCAAGUCGCAACUGCUCUCAUCGCCCUCGUCUGCUGCCAGCUCCUCAUGGGCCAAUGCCUCCUCACUCCCGCUAAUCACCUCACUGGUCUCCCUAUCGAUGGAGCGGCCGAAAAGAACAUCGGACUCGCUCUCGUGUGCGGAUUCGCCCAACUCAUCGCCGUAUUCUCCUACCUCUCUCCGUCUGCGUGGACUGACCAUGAUCAUGGCUCCGACUUCUAUAAGCCGAUACUGUGGUCUUGUGCUAUCAUAGCCGUCCUUGCUUUCUGUUCCUACGCGUUGCUUAGCCUCCCGCUUUCCUUUGGUUACGCCCCGGAUUUCGCAGCUUACUGGAUCUUCACUACAUGGCCUCUGAUUCUCCAUUUGUUUUUCUCUAGGGUUGCCUUUGUAUUGGUGGCAUUUUGGCAUUCGCCUUACAUCGAGACUGUUGACGAGGCUAUUGCUAGAGGUCAAGAUGGCCGAGAAAAACGUGUCUCUAGAGCCGGUCCAAGUUUCGCCGAGUACCCUGAUCUGAGCAGAACUGCAGCAAUCAGCCGAAAGAACCUUCGUUUCGCCAAGAGCCUCAUCACCAUGAAGCUGUUCAUCCUCUACACGACACAGGGCAUGCUUCACCACGUAUGGCUUCCCCAUUUUCUGGAUCAGGAGACGAACAAAUUCUCUUGCUUCUUCGUCGUCAUGAGCACGGUCUGUUUCCUGCUGCAGAUCGAGGUUAUGAUCUCCAUCCACGGCACUUUGCUGGUCUUCAAAAUCUUUAGCAAAGGAAGCCUCCUCUUCCACUUAGCUUACGUUACCUUCUCGAUGGCCAUCUUCUGUCAACAUCUGAUGGUCCCUACAUGGUGGAGCUGUUGGGUUGUUUCCAGCUAUGUUGCUAUUCUCAUGGUGACGAUUCUUGGGUUGAGAUUCGUCGUAUCAGAUGAUUGGGUUACAGAAUGCAGGGAUGCAAGAGUGCUUUGGGACUUGCUGAAGGCGCUUCGGGAGACUCGAGGUCGUGAUUUGGAAGGUGGAGGUGAAUAUGUGGUUCCCGGAGACGAUGCUGCAGAACGAUGGGUCAAGUUUGGGCCAGCGUGGAUGAUUAUGGGGCAGAGAACUUGA